GAACGUAGUAACAUCACGACGUGCGGUUUUUUUUGUCAUCGACUCGAUUCUUCGUAAAAGUGUCAGGCUGUGACUGAUAGUCACGUACAGACAUUUGAAAAUAUAAAUGUGUCUACUUACGAACAUCAAGUUUUAGUCAAAAAUAUUGGGCAUUAACUAAAUGUUAAAAUAGACUUUAAGAAAUUCGGAAAUUUCUAUUUAGUGAGUUAAAACUCCAAUGGGAAUGACUUAAAUAUCGUCAAUGGCUUAUUAGACUUUGCCCCAAUACUGCAUAAAUAAAUAUAAAUAAAUUGUUAUGCAACGAAUUAAUUUAAUUAAAAAAAAAACAUUAGACUGUUAUAAAAAUAUGUCUAGUUAAAAUAUGUACUUAGAAAGUUUAAAACAAAAUUGAAUGGUGAUGUAAAAAAAAAUAUUUUGUGAAAGAACAUAAAUGUGAAAAUUUCGUGUAAAACCUUCAUCUUUAUGUAUUAAUUGAUUCACCUGCCUCGAGAAUACCGAAAUGGCUGAUAAUACAAGGUUAAACGAAGAUAAAGAAAUAUCCCCGUGUCUCGUCAAAGAAGAAGGCUUCAACGUGAGGAUGUGGGGCGCUCAAAGACGCGUGACGCUCGAUGUGCUGCUCAUCUGUUGGGGCAUCGGCACCUGGCUCGGAGUGAACGGUCUCUACGUGCAGCUACCUCUGCUCGUCGAGAGGCUGCCCGAGGGCUGGGCCCUGCCGUCCUCGCUGGUGCUGGCCGUGCAGCUCGCCAACAUUGGGCCCAUUCUGUACGGUCUGCUGGGCCGGCUACGGCCCCACGCUUCAGACUCGCCCUACAUCUACGGGCUGCUGAUAGUCGGGACGCUGUCGCUCAUCAUCAACGCGUUCGUCUACGACAUGACUACCGUGAUAGGGGGGGCGGACCGCUCGCUGCCUUUCCUCGCGCUGGUGUUCGGCGCGGCUCUCGUCGGAUGCACCAGCUCAGUGUUGUUCUAUCCGUAUUUAAGACAUUUUCGGGAUAUUUAUUUGGCGACGUACUUAGUGGGCGAAGGUCUGAGUGGAUUCCUGCCAAGCAUCCUUUCUCUCAUCCAAGGCGUCGGCGGAGAGCCCGAGUGCUUGCCCUCCGAGGACAGCACGCAGCUCGUACCGCACUACCCGCCGCCCUUGUUCAGCACGACCGUGUUCCUCGUAAUACUCGGAGCGAUGUCGGCCAUGAGUCUCAUUAGUUUUUUCAUAAUAAACAAUUAUAGAGUGUUCGACUCUGAAAAAGUGACACAGACAGUUGAGACGAAAGACGAGAAUAUAGUAGAGGAGCGGGAGUCGCUCGUCGCGCCGAAGUGGGUCGGGGUGCUGGUGUUCAUGGUGUUGCUGAACGCGGUGAACAACGGGCUGAUGCCGUCGAUCCAGUCGUACUCGUGCAUGCCGUACGGCACGCGGGCCUACCACCUGGCCGUGACGCUGGGCGCCAUGGCCAACCCGGUGGCGUGCCUGGCGGGCGUGUGGCUGCGGCCCGUGGGCGCGCGCGUGCUGGCCGGCAUGCUGCUCGCCGCGCUCGUCCCCUUCGUCUACAUGACGGUCACGGCGCUCAUGAGCCCCGCGCCGCCGCUGCAGUACGACGUCAUCGGCGAAGUCUUGAUCGUGUUCUCGUGGGUGGUGGUGUCGGGGGUGGUGUCGUACGCGCGCAUGUGGGUGUACGGGUGGGUGCGGCGCGGGGGGGCGCGCGGCAUGCGGGUGUGCGGCGCCGUCACGCAGCUGGGCUCGGCCUCGGGCUCCGCCGUCAUGUACUUCGUCGUCAACUUUACCAAGCUCUUCGUGCAGCCCGAUGUCUGCGCCCCUCUCUCUACUGGAUCAUUUUCGAAUUACGAGAACACUCCACAAUGUUACCUGAGCGCUUUAACAUGCCCUCCUCCAAACGAGACUCGAGGAGGCCCAGCAGAUUGUGUAACUGCGUCCAUGAGCGAUGAUGACCACUUACCAUCAGGUUACCUGUUGCAGUUUUCAAGGGUUGCUCGAGACGGUUCCCUCAGAGUUAACAUUCAGAAUAACUUCGCUAAUGCACCGGAGCUACCGGCGUACGACUUCCGCCGAGAAGGAGUUGUUUUGGACUUGAACUGCCCUAACUCUAAACUUAUCCUUGAAAAGGCAUCUAAAAACCGGGCAUUUAUUCACCGCUACACGUGGCUUCUCAUUCAUAACUCUACGUACAAGUUGGAAACAAUCCAGAAGAUUCUAUCGGACGCGGCUGUACUCCCUGACGCGGACGUCACCUGGUGCGCUGCAGACGACAUACUCGAUAUUCAUAGACUCAACGAACACCAACCCUAUGUCGUGAUGGACUUGGGCUUAUCUGUUAAUAGCACUAUUGAGGAUCUGGACGCUGUGUGGAGCACAAUACCGACAGCAGCUACCAGGAGGAGGCAUUUAAAUAACUUAACCAUAAACGCUGUUGUCAUUGUCUCACAGCCGCAGUACUUCAAAGGCUGGUCGGACCUCUCCAACAGACAGAUCGACACUUUUCCGAAACUGACGUACCCGAUGCUGAUGCUCUGUGCAGAAGACUUGCGUUUCCGGUUUAAUCUCAAGCAAGUGGACGAGUACGGCGUGGAGUUGAAUGGGUCAUUCACGGGCACGGUCGGGCUGCUGCAGCGCGGCCGGGCGGAGCUCGGAGUGGCCUCCAUGUUCAUGAGGUCCGACCGCUGGAGGGUGCUGCACUUUAGCUCCGAGACUGUAGCGCUGCUUAACGCGUUCAUGUUCCGAGCCCCGGCGCAGUCGUCGGUGUCCAACAUAUUCCUGUUGCCACUGAGUCGCGGGGUGUGGUGCUGCGCCGCCGCCCUGCUCUGCGGCAGCGCGGUGCUGCUGGCCGUCCUGUCCUGCCGACUUGUCGCUGCGGACCCUACCCUGCAGCUGCUGACCCUCCCCGAAAUAUUUGUAUUCUCCAUCGGAACUGUUUGUCAACAAGGGUUCUACAUCAUGCCGAAGCUGUCAUCAAUCCGCAUGAUAAUGUUCCUAACUCUGCUGACGUCAUUAUUCACAUUCACUGCGUACUCCGCGAAGAUCGUGGCCAUCCUGCAGACCCCCAGCGCCGCGGUGAGGACGGUGGCCGACCUCGCUGACUCCCACAUGGACGUGGGCAUUCAGGAGACCACCUAUAAGAAGGUUUACUACGCUGAGAGCACGGACCCCAGCAUCCUCCGUCUGUUCCAUCGCAAGGUGGCUCCGCUGGGCGAGCGCGUCUACAUGUCCGUGGUGGAAGGAGUCGAACGCAUGAGGACUGGACUCUUCGCUUUUCAGGUGGAACGCAGUUCUGGGUAUGAAAUCAUCAGCAAGACAUUUACCGAAAGCGAAAAGUGUGGUCUGAUGGAGAUCGAAGCGUUCAAGCUGCCGAUGGUGGCCGUGCCGCUCAGGAAGCACUCCGGAUACCGGGAGCUGUUCGGCACGAGGUUGCGUUGGCAGCGCGAGGUGGGGCUGAUGUCGCGGGUCCGCGCCAUAUGGCUGGCGGCCCGGCCGCGCUGUGAAGGUCGCGGUGUUGGCUUCCGGGCGGUACGGCUGCUCGACAUGCUGCCUGCCCUACAGAUGCUCGCAGCCGGAGGACUUGUUGCCGUCGUUUUACUCAUCCUAGAAAAUGUAUAUCACCACUACUCCAGAACAGGGAAUGUUUUGCGUCGGUAAGGUCUAAUCGUGUGUCCGGUUCAAUCUCUGCGGCUUUUGUAUCUUGAGGCACCAGUUGAUGAAAACUACAUGUUGAUAAAAUACCAGAUAUGAGCUAAGGCCUUAAUCCAAAUACCUGCGGAGUCCUUUCGUCCGCACCAGGGUUGCUCAGCAAGGGCGUGCGGUCAGGCUCACUCCUCGUAUCGAGAGACUGCCGGAGAGCUACCAGAGCCGGUAAACACCUUUCUACUUUUAACAUUCUUCAAAAUAUUCCUGAUUCUAGUGCCUAUAUAAUUCCUUCUAUUCCUAUGUUGAGUCGGUACUACUAGUAACUAUGUGUUGUGGGCUCGAGAUUUACUUGCUCCCGCUCACUUCUAUUGCAAACUAAUCGUGCGUUACGUAUUAUUGUAAUGCAAUUAAGGCCUUCGUUUCAUAUCUCGUCGUAAAGUUGAUAGAAUCAAUGCCAACACAUCUCCAGGUGUCCCGGGAAUCUGUCUCGGCCACAUUAGUGAAAUAACUUGCAAUGCGGGUAGAAAGUGACUUAUUUCACUGUUUGGGCACAAAUAAGAUUGUUCGAAAAACAAAAUAUUUUAUUUCAUUAAAACGAAUACCUAUAAUAUAUUUACUCAAGAAGUUGCUGUGUACAUGCUGUGUGCUGUGUAGAGAUACUUCGUGAAGUCAAAAAAGGAAUAAACUGUAGUAGGUCAGUAAAUGGAAAACAAUUACGUUUAUUUCUCAGCCAGAAUUUAUUGUUUAAGUGCGCUUUUUAUAAUAUUACGUCCCAGGAGCACGGCACUACCAUCCGCGGUCGUGGCUGCACUAUGGAUCCCUUAGAUCGUAGAAGGAUCGGGUAGGAGCUGGUCAGAAGCAGUAGACGAGCACGAGCAGCAGCAGCGCGAGCAGCAGCAGCAGCAGCAGCGCGCGGUCCAGCACGCGGCCGCACGCGCCCCACCACGCGCUCUGCUCGCACGACCACUCCUGCAACACGCGCGCCCGCACUCCUCGCUACUGUACGCACAUCGUGCACCGUCCGACGACGUCAGACAGCUUUUUUUUAUCCUACCUAUGCUGAUAGCCUUGAGAGGCUAUUUCAGCUUCACCCUAGCGUGUGUAGGUGAGCUCACGGGGCUCAAACCGGAAUGUUGCUAACACUGACCCUAGCAAGAGCAGUGCCUCGCAGAAUCUACCACCGGAUCGGAAACGUGACCCCUGAGAAAAUCCGGCGAAAAACUCAGUGGGCUGUGUCUAUGGGUUAAUUCGCUCGUCGAGCCUUUCGUCGCAAGCGACGGGUUCAACGAGGACGGUGACCGGUGCUUGUGGUACCUUUUAGGUUACCACUUGUGGCACCGUUAAUGGAUCGGGUGUCAAACAGCGCGACACAGAAGUCGACAUGCCGAUUGCAACAGAAUAAUAAUUGUCUUACUGUGCAAACCAGGAUUGGUUGAUGGCAGGACUUUGCGAAUAUAUUUUGUACUGAGCGCCACAAAAUUACUUCGAAAAACAUUCAUCUUUUUUAACGUAGGUACGAUUUAAUGAGAGAGAAAGAGAGAUCAUUGCAAAAAAACAGCUAAGUGCUUAGGAUCUGUAUGCAGAGGUAGCGCUGAAAACAUAUUUAAUAAAAUGUAAAAUUUUGAAACGAAAA